AUGAGUAGCCUUGAGACGACGAGAGCUGAGCUUGGUUUGGUCGUAGUGUAUUUGAAUAAAGCGGAGGCGAGAGACAAGAUUUGUCGAGCAAUUCAGUACGGAUCCAAGUUCCUGAGUGAUGGACAACCUGGCACUGCUCAAACUGUUGACAAGUCCACCAGCUUGGCUAGGAAGGUCUUCCGUCUCUUCAAGUUUGUGAAUGAUCUUCACGCUCUCAUCAGCCCUGUUCCCAAAGGGACUCCACUCCCUCUUGCUCUGCUGGGAAAGUCCAAAAACGCGUUGCUGUCCACGUUCUUGUUCCUGGACCAAAUAGUGUGGCUUGGCAGGACUGGGAUUUACAAGGACAAAGAACGCGCUGAGCUUCUUGGACGCAUAUCCCUCUUCUGUUGGAUGGGUUCUUCCGUCUGCACAUCCUUGGUCGAGAUUGGGGAGCUUGGUAGGCUCUCUGCAUCAAUUAAGAAGUUAGAAAAGGAGAUGGGGAGCAAGGAUAAGCACCAAAGCGAGCAAUACCGUGCGAAACUACAGAAGUCAAACGAGAGGUCAUUAGCUCUGAUCAAAGCUGGGAUGGAUACAGUUGUUGCGUUCGGAUUGCUUCAGUUGGCCCCAAAGAAAGUCACUCCCCGAGUCACAGGCGCUUUCGGUUUCGCCUCCUCUCUUAUCUCCUGUUAUCAGUUAUUGCCAUCGCAUCCCAAGUCUAAGACGGUUUGA